AUGCUACUUGUACAUUAUUAUAUUUUUAAAUCUAAUGCCACUAAAUACCCUUCCCUAGUUCUGUGCCCAAUCCUGUGCUCUGGGCACGGCGACUACAUGAACGGGCAGUGUCGGUGCCACCCUGGCUACAAGGGGAAGGAGUGCCAGCUACGACACCACGAGUGUGAGGUGCCAGACUGUAACAGCCAGGGCCAGUGUAUUGAUGGUCAGUGCCACUGUGCCAAGGGCUAUACUGGUGACUUCUGUCAGACUGUUGACUGUCCACAUCCGACUUGUUCGGGUAACGGAUGGUGUGUUCUGGGCUCUUGCGUCUGCCAGAAAGGUUGGAGGGGCCCCGACUGUUCGGAAAACGAUUUAGACCCGACAGUGUCUACCAGACUGCAAUAACCCGGUGCUUUUGACAUCGAAAAGCAUACCCGGUUCCACCCCCCUGGACCGGGGUCAGAUUUUUUCCCAAAAGGGAAAUAUAACCCGAAAUACUAAUCAUGUUCACUGGACUGUGGUCUUCACGGUAUCUGUGAGAACGAUGCCUGUGCCUGUGACGAGGGCUGGAAAGGUGACAACUGCCUCGAGAAACUGUGUGACGCAAGAUGCAGUGAACAUGGACAGUGCAAGAACGGUACAUGUGUGUGCAUGACAGGUUGGAAUGGAAGGCACUGUACCCUCUCCGGCUGCCCAAGUAACUGUCGUAGCCGCGGUACCUGUGAGGCCACGGUGGAUGGUACAUGGUACUGCAGGUGCGAAACUGGCUGGGAUGGCCCUGACUGCUCAGCCAUGCUCGAAACGUUGUGUAAUGACGGCAAAGAUAAUGACAGAGAUGGCUUGACUGACUGUCAGGAUCCUGAGUGUUGCACACAUCUGGCUUGCAAUGGUUCACAACUUUGUGUCUCCAGAGCCUCAUCUCCCAUAGACAUCCUCCUGAGGAAGCAGCCUCCGGCAGCCACCGCUUCCUUCUUUGAGAAGAUGAAAUUCCUCAUUGAAGAGGACUCCCUCCAACACUUCACCAGCACUGAUGCGUUCAAUAUGAGUGUUUUUCGGAACUACUUCCACCCGAGGAGAGCAGCUGUGGUCCGAGGUCGGGUCGUGACCCGAGCUGGAAGAGGCGUGGUAGGCCUAAGAGUAGCCACCAUGGAGAAUCAAGAAGGCUUCACUCUUACAAGACGCGAUGGUUGGUUUGACAUUAUGGUUAAUGGUGGAGGAGCCGUGACUUUGACAUUUGGGAAACCUCCUUUCAGUCCUAAAACGAUUUGCGUGAUGGUCCCAUGGAACGAGGUGGUCGUACUGGACGACAUCAUGAUGACCGUAACAGGACUCUCAAACAACGACCAUACGAACGACUACCACGACCACCAGCAACGACAACUCACCUCCCACUGCCCCCUCCACGACUACGACCUACUGCGACCAGUUGUAAUGGCGACCUGGCAAAAUGUUUUCCAAGGAGAAUGUCCAGAUGUAGACGCUAUUCUUGUAGAGUCGCAAGCUGUACAAGAAUCUGUACAAAUCCCUGGGACUGGAAUGUACUUGGUCUACCAUUCAUCCAGGGCCAAUGGCUACGAAUCAACCAUAAGGAUGCAACUAACACCAGAUCACAUCCCAGCAACCCUGCGUAGGAUACACUUGAGGAUAGUCCUUGAAGGAACUCUCUUUACCAGGGUCUUCGAGGCUGACCCCAACAUUAAGUUCACCUAUGCUUGGGAUCGCCUCAAUGUGUACAGGCAGCGGGUGCUUGGGGUGACAGUUGCCCGAGUUUCGGUGGGAUACGAACAUGCUUCGUGUCCCAAGAUCAUCUGGGAACACCAGACAGCCAGGGUAGCAGGCAAUGACCUCCUCAUUUCCAAGGUGGGAGGGUUCAACCUUCACGUCCAUCAUGCUUACAAUUACCACCAAGGUAUCUUACAGAAAGGCAACGGGCAAAACAUCUAUCUAGCUGGACAGAGACGCCUGGUCACCACUCUCCUUGGCACUGGUGAACAACGUGAAGUCAACUGUGGGGAGAGGUGUGAGGGGAGAGCUAAUCUUUCCCCUCUGUUGGCACCCACCUGUCUGGCUUCCGCUCCUGAUGGCUCUCUAUAUGUGGGAGAUUUCAAUCUUAUCCGUCGGGUGAAGCCAGAUGGAACAGUGAUCACUGUUGCCAGGCUGAAUGAGACACGUGUAUCAUACCGGUACCACGUGGCAGUGUCACCCCUGGAUGGGUCAGUAUACGUCAGUGACCCCGAGGCUCACCAGGUGCUGAAAUUGACCUCCACAUCCAGUGUACUCGACCCCCACCACAAUGCUAUUGCCGUGGCAGGCUCUGGUCAACGCUGCCUUCCAGGUGACAGGAACAAGUGUGGGGAUGGUGGAUAUGCUAUCCACGCCAGGCUUACCUAUCCUAAGGGUCUGGCCAUCUCAUCCACUGGUGAUGUGUACAUUGCUGAUGGUACCAACAUCCGUGUCAUGAACCCCACUGGAAUUAUCUACACUGUCAUUGGUGGGCACGACCACCGCUCUCACUGGGCACCUGUGCCCUGCAACGGCACCAUCAACAUGGACCAGUUGCACCUGAGAUGGCCCACAGAGCUGGCCAUCUCUCCCCUGGAUGGUUCACUGCAUAUUCUGGAUGAUCAUCUCAUCCUCAGAGUGACGCCUGACAACAGAGUUCAGGUGUUGAGUGGUCGUUCUCUCAACUGCCCAACGCCAAUACACGACCCUCCUGACAUUUCACGCACCGCCCUGCUACUGAAUCCUCAGUCCAUAGCAUUUUCCCCUCAAGGAGAGUUGUACGUAGCGGAGAGUGACACGCAGCGCAUCAACAGAGUUCGCAUAAUAACUAGCGAUGGGCGCAUAUCCAUCUUCGCUGGAGCAGACUCCCGCUGCAACUGCAGAGAUCCGACAUGCUAUUGCCACACUUACGAUAACGUCUCCGCGUCCUCCGCUAUCUUCUCCUCCAUCUCCUCCAUUGCUGUCACUCCAGAUGGCGUCCUCCACAUCAGUGACCAGGCUGGGUACCGAGUAAGGUCAGUCAGAACUGUUCUCCCAGCCCAUGUACAUAAACAAUACGAAAUCUUCUCCCCCGAUGCACACGAAGUCUACAUCUUCAACAAAUACGGUCAACAUGUAGAGACCAGGAACCUUGUGACAGGACAGACUAUCUAUAAGUUCUCCUACAGCAUCAAUUCCAGUGAGGGGAGAUUGUUGACUGUUACUGAUGGAGCGAGUAAUAGAUUUCAACUCAUUCGUAACUACUUCGGGGAUGUGACAGCGAUUGAAAAUCCCCAGAAACAGCGAGUGAAAAUUAGUUUAUCAAUGAUGAAGAUGCUGGAGCAACUGGUAGCUCCUGAUGGGUACAAUAUUACCUUCCGCUAUCACGGUGCGUCUGGCCUCAUGCACUCCAAGAUCGAAGCCGUAGGCCGUUCCUAUAACUACGACUAUGACGAACAGGGUCGCCUGACGCAAGCAGUCUUGCCUACAGGUCAGGUCAUUCAGCUGACCUUUGACCUGAGCACCAGAGGAGCAGAGGUCAUGGUCACCCGAGAUGGGAAGAAUCCAGUCAGAACAAGAGUCAGGGGGAACACACUGACCCAUAACUCAGGUCCUGUGGAGGCCGUGGCAGACAUGGGAGGUGACGGUCAACUGAGGAUGGUAACAGAUUGGGGUCAUGAGGUCUCCCUAGAAAGGACAUCCUACCGUGUCUUGGAAUCUACCAGUCAGAUCGCAGCAGAGAUGUUCCCUAUCCUCUCUCGCCAGCAGACCCACAUCACCGGGGAACUGGUGAACCGUUACGAGUGGAUAUACUCUCCGGCUAACCACUAUAGUGGUGGGCUCGGCAUGAAGGUUGCUGCUACUCUACGUGUGAAUGGAGCUGACCUACUGACUCUCAGCUAUGAUCCUGUAUCAUCCUCAGAGGCCCUCCUAUCCGUCUCAGGUCAAAUGCUCAUCAACAUUACUUACGAUACCGUUGGUCGACCUGUCCGCUGGAUACCCGUGUCUCCCCUGGUACCUAGUAACGUAAGUUACGAUCACUGGGGACACAUUACUGGCUGGACUCGAGGCAAUCUCUCUGAAGAGUACCACUAUGAUAGCUCCUUAAGAUUAACGUCAGUCACUUAUGCUGAUGGAGCUACUGUAAACUACGAUUAUAGGGAGAAGUUAACUAAGCCUGAGAAAGUAACUCAUCCGAGCGGUCGAGCCUACGGCCUAGUCUACGACGAUGCUGGUUCACUACGUCAAGUUUUAACACCUCGAGGUUCAGCCUACACUCUACACCUCUCUACCUCCCUAGGCUUCUACAGGCUACGUCUGGCCCUACCUGUUGACACCAUAGGCCUCCAGAUACGUUUGGAUGAGCGAGGUCGUCUCUUGGCUAUGACUCAGCCUGGUCGUGGGGGCACUCUCAUCUAUCAGUACAAUGAUCUUGGUCAAGUCAGCGCCGAACUUUACGGUCAUGGCUUCACUGAAUACACCUACUAUUCCAAUGGCCUCAUCCGCACUGCUAAAACCAAACAUAAGCACGUCGACGUGAGGACUGAGUACCGUUAUCAUGCUGGACUGAUGAAGGAUAUGCGACUUCGAUACGGCUCUAAGAGUGACUUACAUCCUGUCAAGCUACGCUUCCAGUACGAUGGAUCAGCGAGACUUCGCAAACUUGAGGGUGAUAUCAAUUCUGAUAUUCCGCUCAACGAGGUGUACAUUCGCUUUGAUAACCAGACUGGUGUGCUUCAGUUGAUAAGUGACCUGCGAAUCAUUCGAAACAACAUCCUGGAAACCAUGCUACAGAACCCAAAGAAACACUACGUCAACACACGUAAACAAGAUGACUAUGGCCGCCUAUCUCAGGUUGACAUGACACUUCAGGGAAAAACAGUCUUCAUGAUGCGUCUGAAAUACGACAUCCGCAAUAGGAUAUCGGAGCGUCUAAUUGAGGUUGCUGGUCGACGCGAAGGACUCAAUAUUACAUACAUGGCUGAUGGGCAGAUACUGGAAGCUACAGGGACACAUACAUGGUUAUACAGCUACGAUGAAAAUGGAAAUAUAAUUAGUAACACCGACAAGGGUUAUGCAGAAAACCUUGUAUAUGAUGAAUGUGAUAGAGUGACUAGUGUCAGUGGCAGUCAGGUGGAGUACGAUGACCGAGGCUUCGUCAUCAGAAUAGAUAACCAAAACUUUGACUACAAUACUAAAGGUCAGCUUAUUUCAGGGUGGAAUAGUGAUGAGAACUGGUCCUUCACACUGGGCUAUGACCAUCUUAGUCGCAUAUCCAUUUAUCGUGAUCACAACAACAAUGCCACUCAGUUGAUCUACGGACGACCUGAUCUCCCGGAACUGAUCACCCACCUACACAACCCUCACACUGGGGCAACCACCGGACUUCUAUAUGAUGAUAUGAACCAUCUAAUUGCUAUUGACCAACCAGAUGGUCGUUAUUUCGUAGCAACAGACCAAAAUGGUACCCCCAUAGCUAUAUUUGAUGAUGUGGGCUCGCUAAUCCGCAGUCAAGUGUGGUCUCCCUUUGGCCACCUAGUGGACAAAGCUGGGUCUAACAUGUGGGUUGGUGUGGGUCCAUGGGGCAAGUUCCGGGAACCUCAAACGGGUCUGGUAAUCUUCAGAGGUUAUGCCUACCACCCUAAGUUAUUGCAGUGGAUGAGUCCUCGGUGGGGCCACCUUACUCAACCCAGAAGACAUGUGACUGAUGUUUUCGUGUAUCGCUUCAUGAACAACAACCCAUUCAACCCAACAUCGGACCGCCUCAGGCACUACUACACAGAUGUUUCUGACUGGUUGGAGUUGUACGGUAUAGAGCUCAGCAGAGUGCUGGGAUCAGAAUACCAUGAGAACACACUGGUGGUCCCCCAUCCUGUGGUGGCUGUGGACGAGAUGGGAGCAUCAGAAGUGGUCAGUGGCCUUUGGUGUCAGUACAGAGCUGGCGUCAGGCAUUUGCAUGACCUCAGCUUCUUCUCUCAGUCACAUAUCCAGCAUCGUAUGGGUAUGUGGAAUGGCGUGCCAAUUUCCCGUCAGGCUUCGAUAUUCGGGCCGGGAGUCUUGGUGUCGGAUAUUGAGGGUCGGGUUCUGGUUACUGGAGUCGGAGAAGAUGACUUUUCGGGUGUGAUUGGUGAUGUUAUACGAACAGUUCUGAACAAUUCGAUCAUUUUAGAUGUUAGUGCUACCCACAGCGGCCUUGACACAUUCUAUUUUAUCAAGAGUAAUCGCGUCAGAGCCAUCGAAGAUAUAAACCAUUUGCGACGUCUCUCAGGGAUCUUCAACGUAACUACUAGCGAUACUGAACACGGCCAGGAGAUCCGUAUGUCCACACCCACUGCCCACCUAGUGAUCAUGUACGGGGAGCGUGUACAGAGGGCACGCAGCCGUGUACUAGGAGAACUAGAAGAGAAAGCAGAAGAGCUAGCAUGGGCACGGGAAGCAGCAUUGGUUAGUGUUGGUCGACCAGGCACUCAUGUUUGGUCACCAGUAGAAGCAGCCGAACUGGUAAGAGAAGGCCGUGUUCCUGGUUACGUUGCUACCCAUCUUCACUCCACCUCCCGGUACCCUCUCCUAGCUGCCGAUGCCUCAAAUAUUGUCUUCAAACACGAGAGCUCCCGCAAGCGGCGCAAGAGCCGCAGAAAGGGACGCAAGAAGAGCUGGCGACAGCGCAAGAAAGUCGCUGUUUGAAAGCAUACGCUCACUCAAGUUUUUGCAGCGAAUGCUGUAACCGGUGAACUUCCAGACAUACGCUACUGAAUCUGCCUUGACCGACAGAUUGUGAUAUAAUUGUACAUAUUUAUGUAAAACUUAACAGAGUUUCCAUAUAUAUAUAUAUAUAAAUAUAUACGCACACUGAUGCGUUUUCGUUCUUUCUAUACGAGGUGAUUUAAGGAUAUAUCUUUCAUGAUUAUCAUAUAUUCAGUGUUCUUAAGAAACCCAACUGAAACCAUAUAUCAAUUAUGAAAACUUUUAGGUGUUUCUUUAAUGUGGUUUUUACUUACGACUGUAUCCUGAGCUAAUUCUAUCAUGUACAAUAUGUCAUGUCUUAUGUAAAUUAUAUUACUGAGUUUUUAAUAAAUAUUUCCAUGUACAUUUAUUAAAGGAAUUUUAAUUAUCCAUGUGUGUGUAGGUUUGUACUCAUCUGUAUGUGGUUGCAGGGGUUGAGUCACAGCUCCUGGCCCCAUCUCUUCACUGGUGACUAUUAAACUUGUGUCUCUUGUAAGUUCUUCCUUCCUCUGUCUUGUUACUUCUUGUUUUAUUGUCUUAAGAACAAAAGAAUGGAGGAACACUGCAGAAGACCUACUGGCCCAUACAAGGCAGGCCCUUAUCAAAACCACCACUACCCAAAGCUACCCAAGAAUUUGCUUCAGUACCUCAGAUACUAAUCAGACCUUGCCCUUCUCACUCGUAUAUUUGUCCAAUCUCUUUUUAAAGUUAUCCAAGGUCUUAGCCUCUAUUACCUUAGUCAGAAGACUGUUCCAUACAUUGAAAACUCUGUGUAACAGCUUUACUGUAGAUGUUUUGUCAUCCAAUGGUUCUAUCAAUACAAAUUCAAAGACAUAAAUGGAAGACAGUAGAACUAUGUACAAAAGAUGAGGUAAUCAGUCCCUCAGUCUUGGAGUUGGUUAAGAUCACUGUAGUCUUGAAGACUCUGGAGCACAGGCAGAAGGGCUAGUGCUUAUAUACUAGCAUCAGGUGGUUCAGAGGACAUCACAAUCCACCUACCAGUGACUGUCCUCCGUCUGCUACCCGUCCCUUACCACCUGACGCCAGUAUAUAAGUGCCAGCC